AUGCAGCUCAACAACAUGCCCAACCAUCAGUCAAGUGCCGGUGGAACCGAUCAGCAGCACCGUGUGAUGGUGGAUUCGCCCUCGCUACGCCUCGUAUCCAGCUCCGUUCCCAUCUCGAUCCCGCUCUUCCGGCUCCGGAACGUUAGUUUUCUGCAUCCGCAGAUCGAUCCGAUGGCGGCCCACCCACUGGUCGACCCGGACCCGAACGGGUCCUCCAACACCAACAACAACAACUACGAAUUCUACAAACCAUCCACCACGAACGGGCUGGUGGAGCUAAUCAGUGGUACCGGUGACGAACCCGGCCCCGAAAAGGAAGACCCCACCGACCAGGCCAAGAUCAAGCUGGAAGCGAGCGACGGCGAAUGCCCGGAUGCGUUUCACCACGUGCGGCCCGGUUCGAGCGGUGCCAGCUCGAACUAUGGCACGCAGGACUCGCACUCAUCGCCGACGCCACCGCCGGCAACAUCGGAGAUGGCCCACCGCACCCACCACCAUCCGGCGGAGGCGGCGGACGUCGAGCCGGACGGGGAGGACGAGGACGAGCGGACGGUAAUGAUGGUGGAGGGGGGGCCGGAGCCGGAAGAGGAAAGCAACGAUACGGGCGGUGCGGUGGACCGAUGUGACGAUUCCGAGCAGGACGACAACAAGCUGGCGCCCCAGGAUCAGGAAAAGAUGACGCAAGCUGUUAAGAAGGUGUUCACCGAGUACAAAUGGACACCGCCGGUUGCACCGAUCAGGUCAACGAGCACCAAAAAGAAGCAACAUAUCAAGCGGCCGAUGAACGCGUUCAUGGUGUGGGCCCAGGCCGCCCGCCGCGAGAUGGCUCAGCAGCAGCCGCGACUGCAGAACUCCGAAAUCAGCAAGGAUUUGGGCAAAAUUUGGAAGAGCCUCACGGAUGACGACAAGCAGCCCUUCGUGGAGCAGGCGGAAAAGCUACGGUUGGCCCAUAAGAGUCAACAUCCGUACUACAAGUAUCAACCACGGCGCAAGAAGUCGAAACGCUGCGUCGGAACCGGUGCAAAGUCUGGCAAGUGCUGUGAGGACCACUAUGCGGAGAUGAACGAGCUGGCAAGCCCAUCGUCUAUGGACGAGGUUGCAUCGUCCAGUGAAUCUGGCUCGGUCCCCAGCACGUACACACAGUCCGACGGUCAGCGCCCUUCGACGAGCGGGUUGUCCCGCACUCACAAGCAAACGACCGGUAGGAUUUCUUCCCGAGGACGCUCGACACUUCGCAAUACUUCCACUGUUGCCGAAACGAGUGUGAUGGCUAGUGCACCGUCCAGUGCCACUAGCUAUGAGAUGGAGCUAGCGCACGAGAGUGUCACAGACUAUGGUGGCAGUGGUGCCGCUGGUACGUACGAGGCACCACUAUCUGUGGAACUGUACUCGGCUGGUGUUGAUGGGGUAAAGCCGACCGGGAGCACACUCGCAACUGCUGAUUGCCAUUUCAUGGAGGAAGGUCAACUACCGAACAUGGAGGUAGUUGAUGCACCGCAGCAGCCAAGCGCCACGCCGAACGAAUCGCCCGUCCCGGGCCAGCUGCACAGCCAGAACUCACCAUACGGAGUUCGGGACUGGAGCUCCGCUAUGGGCAUCGAAAGUCGUGGCUCAUCGUCCAUGGAGAAUGCGACGGCUUCGUACGGACUGCACGGCACUAGAAGCGUAUCGUCCAGUUGCAUGGCUCAUUCAAGCUCACACAUCCUCUCGGAUUACGCCUACUCCAACUAUGCCGCUUCGUACAUGCCAACCUCCACGGAGUAUCACAGUGCCGAGACACACUUCCAGGGUUCGACAAGUGGAACCGGUUUUGGGGAAUCGACACUUGGCUGCUACAAUCAACAACCGUCGUCACAUCGCUUCACACCGCAUUCACGAGACGUCAGCGAAGGGUCCUUUCCGCAGUACGUACAAACCCUGUCGACAGAUCCUUACAAGCAACAUUCGCCAUCCCCGUCCAUCGAUCAAGCUGGACCCACGAGACAGCAGGCCAGUGACACACCCGACCUGGAAGAGGUAAAACAUAUCCUACCAGUUCGCAUACCCUCAAUCACCCUUCACCAUGCUACUCCACAGCAUGCCGCCGGUGCUAUCGCCACCACCGCCGAGAUCGCGGACAGAACACGCGGCACCGUGCCAAUCCUGAUGCCGACCACGCUCGCCUACGUAGACGAAGGUUCCGAAGUUCCACCCGGAUACGCUCGCCACGGUACCGACGAACGUCCGCCCACCGCAGGCAUAACGAUGGUCCGGGGGCCGGACUUCCACCUGCACGCCUCUCAUACCCGUCUAACCACAAUACAGUCAUCGAACCGGAUGCAUAACGCACCAAACGGUGCUCUGUUCAAUUACCCUCUAGGAGAGUCGGGCGGUGGGCAACAGUACAUGCAGUCUGCAAUAUCCCAUCUGUCGUACGGUGGACAGCCGAGAAUGGACUCGCCCAACAUCCAGCCGCAUCGACCUGCACAUCCCGUACCACAUCACCUGCCGCUACACCAGCUGGACGGGGUCGACCAGGUGGGACAGCAUCACCAAAGCUACCACAGCCAGCAACAGCAGCAGCAAGAGUCUUACCAGUAUGGUAGCUCUCCCCCAACCGCUACCAUUGCUCAGGGAGGCCGCAUCCCUACCAGCAGUGGUGAGGGUCAAUUCUACUGA